AUGAUCCACAAGAACAUGGCCAAUGAAUCAGUUUUUGAGUUUGUCCUGGUUGGGUUUCCUGGUCUUCCUGAGAAAUAUCACAUUGGCUUUGGGAUUCUUAUUUUCCUAAUCUAUUAUCUGUCAUUAUGUGCAAACCUCACUGUCAUCCUGUUGAUCUUCCUUAAAAAACAUUUACACCAACCGAUGUAUAUUAUAAUCUUAAACCUGGCCUUCUCCGACCUUUUGUUCGACACCUCGACUUUACCAAACAUCAUUGCCAAGUAUUGGUUUGGAGCUGGAUCCAUGACCUUCGCGGGAUGUUUCCUACAGAUGACCAUCGUUCAUACCCUGAAUUCUCUUGACUCCUUUAUCAUCACAUUCAUGGCCAUUGACCGCUAUGUUGCCAUUUGUAAGCCCCUCCGGUAUCACGCCAUUGUUAGUAACAGAUUUAUUAGAAUCAGUCUGGUAGUGUUAUACGUGUUAGCUCUGGUGAUUGGAUUUACUGUCCUGUAUCUGAUGCUUGGUCUACCUUACAUUGGUUCAAAUAAAGUAAAUAACCUAUUCUGCUCUAUGGGAGCUGUUAUCGGCACAACCUACGUUGAUCCGGCUCCGACUCAUUUGAAAGGUUACUAUAUGAGCUUUGCCGUUCACGUGAGCCCGUUUUUUUUUAUCAUUGUCUCCUAUUGUGUCAUAAUCACAAAUAUCUGUUCUUCAAUAAAGUCCAGCAACUGGAAUAAAGCCUUCUACACCUGCAUGACCCACUGGUUCGUCAUCGUGAUCUACUACGUCCCACGGAUGAUUGUUUACACCUUUGAACAGAUACAAAAGCCGCAGGUGGACGUUUACAUCUCUCUUAUAUGUCUGUACACCUUCGUGCCUCAUUCAACUAGUCCCAUCAUAUUCUGUCUCAGAAAUGAGGAAAUUAAAAGAACGUUGAAAUCAAUAUUAAAGAGAGAAAACAAUUUUUAA